AUGUCUUGCUCCGAAGCAAAGGAGCUCAUCAACAAUCAAGGGUUCCUAGCAGCUGUGAGCUCACAAGCAGUGGCUGGAUUUCUGUCUAUCGUUGUUUCAGUUAUUGUGACAAAACAAAGCAAAACGCUAUAUUUUCACAUCAAUUGCAAAGCAGUUCACCUUAUACGCUAUGUUGUGAUAUCGGACCCAUGCCAAGUAGGGCUUUCUUCAUCUUUGUGUAUCUAUUUACGCGCCCCUACGAACAUAUGCACGAUGUCAUUCUCGCUUUUUCAACUCAUGUCCUCACUAGAAAGAAUGCUAGCGCUAUGGAAGCAUCGCAGUUACGGACUUUACGGACCGACAUUCGGCUAUGCUUCUGCAGGUUUUUGUAUAUUUGUUCCAAUAGGAGUCCUGUUUUGGCAACUGGAAAACGCUGAUUUCCAAGGGAUGCAGACAUAUUGUUCAAUAGCAACGGCUCAAACUAGGGAUCGCAUUGAAAAAGUGUGCUUUAUUACAUGCGGGAUUAAUAUGGCAACCUUACUGGGAUUAACUGCCAUAUUUGUAUUCAACAAAGUUGCACGAAAAAGGUAA